AAUUAUUUAGGUACAUAUAACAAACGAAUGCGCCAGUCGUUGCCAAGUUUUGCAUCCGGGCAGAUUCGCGAUGUUACUGUGUAUACCGUUAUUAAUUUUAGUGUUACUUAUUGGAUUGCAUUUGCACUUUAAAUAUAGUCAUGCAGGCCGACUAAUCGCCAAAAUUCCUGGACCAAGCGGAUGGCCUCUAAUAGGAAACAUCUUUCAAGUUUUAUUACCGCCAGAUGAACUAUUUUUAUAUGCAAGAAAACUGCGAGCUGAGAUUAAAGGACCAAUAAUAAAACUAACUUCUUUCAAUAUUCGGGUUAUUAACAUUUACGACCCACUGGAUAUCGAGACAGUACUGUCUACAACCCGUUUUAACGAAAAACGCAUUCCGUACACUUUCCUAGCACCCUGGCUCGGCCAAGGAUUACUAGUGAGCAACGGAAAUAAAUGGCACCAAAGGCGAAAGCUGCUAACUGCGGCGUUUCACUUCAACAUUCUGAAGCAGUUCAGCCACACGAUCAUCGAGCAGACGGAGGACCUGGUGGGCUGUGUGCAGGCCGGCCUCGGCAGCCCGAGGACCGAUUUGGUGCCUAUCAUUACCAAAGCAACUCUUCGCAUUAUGUGCGAGACUUCCAUGGGUACGUCAUUACGUGAAGGUACAGAAUCAAAAAAAUACUUUUCAGCGCUCCAUACGAUUGGUUAUUGUAUAGUCAACCGAAUGAUCCGACCUUGGCUGUAUCCCGAUGGAAUAUUUUACAUGUCUGCAUUUUGGAGAAUGGAAAAGUCUGCCUUGAAAUAUUUACAUAACUUUACAAACCAAGUUAUCCUAGAAAGGAAAUUUUCCAAAGCUACCAAUGAGAAAGUUAAUGACGGUUCGGAAGUGCAUGGUCAAAAAAAGAAACAAGCAUUUUUGGACUUGCUUCUUGUCAACGAAAGGGAUAACAAAAUAGACGAGAAUGGAAUUAGGGAAGAAGUGGACACGUUUAUGUUUGAGGGUCACGAUACAACUGCUAUGGCGCUUUGUUUUAUGAUAAUGAGGAUCGCCAACGAACCAAUUGUCCAGAAUUGUAUUUACGAGGAGCUCCAACGUAUAUUUGGCAACGAUAGUCAUCGACAAGUGACAUUUGAAGACCUGGGCGAGAUGAAGUAUCUGGAGUGCUGCAUCAAGGAGUCCCUGCGCCUCUACCCCAGCGUGCCAUUUAUCGCUCGCCACAUUACUGAAGACGUUACUUUAGGAGGCUAUAGAGUACCAGCUGGUACUAUUUGCCAGAUCAACGUGUUCGAUAUCCACCGAGAUAAAGCUGUUUACCCAGACCCUGAACGAUUUAUACCGGAAAGGUUUUUUAAAGGAAAACGGCAUCCGUAUGCUUACAUACCAUUUAGCGCUGGACCAAGGAAUUGUAUAGGUAUGAAGUUCGCUAUGAUGGAGUUGAAAGUGGUGAUGUGCGGGCUGUUGCGGCGGUUCCGGUUGGAGCCAGUAACGCGGCCCGAGGAUGUGCGGUUCACCGGCGACCUGGUGCUGCGGGCCGCGCACCCGCUAUACGUCCGGUUCGUCAGUCGGGACCCCAGCGACUGCUGAUGUGCGAGGUACUGCGGAGGUUCCUACUGGAGCCGGUAGCGUGGC